AUGAUUCCUAGGUUUUCGCUCCUUUUUAUUGCUCUGACGCCCCUAUGUAAUGCACUCUCGAUCCCUAAAAUCUCGUCAAAAAUUGAACUUGAUAUUCGUCAUGACAACUUGGGCUUGCAACUGCAACAACCGACUGACAAACAUCCUCACCCUCUGGUAUUAUGGCACGGACUAGGCGACUCGGCACAUUCUUCAGGAAUGACUGAAUUUGCCGAGCUUAUCAAGCAAGUUCAUCCUGGUAUCUACAUUCACUCUAUUUCCUUGUCAGACGACCAGAGCGCGGACCAGAAAGCUGGAUGGUUUGGAGAUGUAAACGCCCAGGUAGACAUUGUUGCCACGGAGCUAUCCACUAUUCCCGAGCUCAAGAACGGGUUCGACGCCAUUGGAUUCUCAAGGUGA